AGGUAACAUUUCGUCAUCAGCAUUAGCCGAUGAGCUACACUUAAGGUUCUUCAUUAUUACAGGCAUUAAUACGACAAUCUGAUAGCUAGAUCAUCUAUCUUCCAUCCAUAUUUCUUAUUAUUAAUCAUAAUUUUCUAAAGACAUUUCUGCCCCGACGCUGUUUGAAUCAGUAUAAUAUCUGAUACGGAACCUUUCCUAGAAGAAACAUCAUAUCGGACUCAUUUAUAUCAUGUUGGCACCUAUAAGGACUGUGAGCACCGAGAGGGGGACUUGUCCUCUGCUGACUGUUCAGCCCAAUCGAGCACAGGUGGACGAGAAAUUUCAGAUUGUCGUAAUGAAUUUACUGCCAAAUCAAAAGGUGACGCUACACUCUCUACAUCAAUCAGAGGACAAGGACUUCUGGGAGGCUUUCGGACACUACAUCAGUGAUGAAAACGGGACAGUGACAGUGGCCAAAGAUGAAAGUUUGGGAGGCACCUAUGAAGGCACAGAGCAGAUGGGGUUGCUGUGGAGCAUGAGGCCCGUGCCAGGAAGUCGACCUGGACUCAGGCUGCGUAAGAUGAAUAUACUCACACCAAUAGUAAUUCACAUCUCAGUAUACAAUGGGCAUCUCUCUCAAGACUUCAGCCAGCAAACACCCUUGGCAAGCAGUGUCAUUGAGCGCUGGUAUGUUGCUCCAGGUGUGCAGAGGGUGAACAUCAGGGAGAAUGGAGUACGAGGAACUUUAUUUCUUCCUCCAGGUCCUGGGCCGUACCCAGGAGUGCUGGACCUGUGGGGAGGAGGUGGUGGUUUGGUUGAGUAUCGUUCUGGCUUGCUUGCAUCUCAUGGCUUUGCAUCCAUGGCCCUCGAGUACCUCGCUCCAGAAGAGCUGAGAACAGCUGAUGUUGAUGUGUCGUACUUUGAGAAAGCAUACCAGAUCCUGCAGAAUCAUCCGAAGGUACAGAGAGACCGUAUGGGAAUGCUUGGGCUGUCUUUUGGAAGUGCCGUCACACUCAGUAUGGCAGCCUACUCCAAAGUCAUCAAGCCCCAGUGCUGUGUGUGUAUCAGCGGAAGUCAUGUGUUUCCUGUUGAUAAAUCCCUCUUUGAAGUCUUUGAGGAAAUGAAAAAGUAUAUGGGUAGGAUAUAUAUGAAUAAAGAGAACCAGGUAAUACACAGAGACAUUAUCUUGCCAAUUCCCUCAGACCCAGCUCUCAAAGUGGAUGUUGGGAGAAUAAAGUGCCCUCUUCUGUUGGUGAACGCUGGUGACGAUCAGAACUGGGCUUCUGUUGAAUCUGCUGAAGAUAUGGAGAUGAUGAUGGAGAAAGCAGGAAAUCGACACCUGUUGACGGUCCUGACGUAUCCUGACGCAGGUCAUCUGAUUGAACCUCCGUACUCGCCUCACUUCAGAGCGUCUAACUUCAUCCUGCAGGAAAUGAAGGAGAAGAUUGUCAUGCUGUGGGGUGGACAGACGAAACCGCACGCAUACGCUCAAGAGGACUCAUGGGAGAAGAUUUUAACAUUUCUGCGCCAGCACCUCUACUUCAGUUCAAACUUUGCAGUUAAAGCCAAACUGUAGUUCUAUCAUCUAGAGCAAUUCAACUUUAUUUCAAACAAUGUUGAUAAUGAUCGCCAGCACGUAUUACUUUUCACCUUGGUAUCUGUAAAAAAUUAAAGUUGAGCAAGUAUUAUAUUUUUUAAUACUUUAGUAGUAUAAGUUACACAUAAAUGCAUUAUUAAGGCUUGUAAUGAUGUUAUAGGUUAUGAUGACAAUAACUAAAGGCAUUACAAGAACAGUUUAGGAUGUGCUGAGCAAUAUUUCUUGAUGCAUUAAAUACAAUAUUUGGGCAGUAUUUUUUUUAUGUACUCCUGUUUGUACCCAAAAUCCAUUUCUAAGAAUGUGUUAGAAAGGCAAAGUUGAAAUGAGAUCAGUCCAUUCUCUAAUUUAACUGUUUAAAAUUGAUUUUGGGAAAAAAUAAGUAUUUUCUAAAGCGAAUAUCAUGAUUGUUAUAUAAUUAUGAUAAUAUUUUGAACAGGAGGACUGAUGCAAAAGCCACCAGAUCCUAGAUUUUAAAAACAAUGACAAUAAUAUUUAGUUUGUUUUAAAAUUUGUAAGUAUAGGAAUGUGAUAUAGAAAUGUAAUUCACUUUGAAUGUAAUAUUGAAUGCCAUGUUUUUAAAUUCACAAAUCAGUUGUGGAUGAAUAAAUAUGUUAUUUUAAAAA